CUAGUACUCGGUAUGUUAAGUUGCGAUGAUCUAUUGGUAAUGUCGGCUGGCUCGCGUGGUAUGUGGCGUGUUUACUGUGUUACCGGGUUUGUAGUUUUGAUUGGGUUUGGGUUGUGUGAUAAUUUUUUUACUGAUAAUAUCCAAAAGCUCUGAAUGCCAUACUUAAUAUUGCAAGUGUAAUAUUGGAUGAACAAGAUUUUUAAAUGUUGAAUAUUAGUGGACUAAGUUGUUGUGUUUUUUAUUCCAUUUGAGGUAUCUCUAUGGUUAUGUGUGAGUUACUCAUAGCCUAUUAAACCUGAACUACUAAUCCAUUGUAUAUUAUUCUGAAAUGGCAAAAACGGCUUUCAAUUCAAAAUUUUUUGAUGAAGUUCAAGAAGCAGGUGUAAAACUUUGCGUUUCCUUAAGUGUCAACUCUCCUCGCAAAGCUGAACUUUUCUACGAUAAGAAUCUUACUCUUGCAAGGUUACUCAUAGCAAACACGUUAUUUGAAUAUGUGAAAAGUGGAGAUUCCGUGCUGAAGCCUGUCAAGUGCUUGGAAGCUAUAGGUAGCAUUGGAGCAGCUAGUCUAAUAUGGAAAAAAUACGUGGCUGGCAUACAUGUCACUGUGAAUGCUACAAAUACGACGUCUUUGGAAGUGAUCAACCAGAAUGCAAUAAAAAAUGACAUCGUGCUCGACAAGAUAACUAAUGAAGAUCCAUGUGCACUGAUGUACAAUGAAGAUUUCAAUUUUGUGUACUUGGACUGCCACACGUCUGCUUCUCAUUACUUUGAUGCAGUGUUCAAGAAUGUGCCCAGAGAUGGCAUUGUUGCAAUCACCACAAAAGACGAUCCGUCGCUGCAAACUCUGAAUCCAGAUGGAGCAUUGCGAAAUUACCAUGGUCUUAUUGGACGUACAUCUUAUAUCAACGAGCUAGGCGUUAGACUCGUUAUAGCAGCAAUGGCGAGAUCAGCUUCGAAAUAUCGUAAAGGAAUCGAUGUCCAGUUGUGUGGAUUCUUCAAAAAUACCUUCCUGAUAAUUGUGAAAGCAAUUAAAGGGGCUCAAAAUGCAGACAACUCGCUGAGAAAGAUAUGCAAAUUGGCGCAUUGUAACAUGUGCGAAGAAAGAGCUUUUUAUCCCUCAACAAACGAAUUUGGCGAUCCAAGAACAUUACUAAGUUGCGAUUGCUCAUCGAAGCAUAACAGCAAUCUUGCCGUAGUUUUGGGACCAGUAUGGAGUGGUGAAAUAUUCAAAGCGUCUCUUAUAAAAAUGAUGAUCAAGAGUGAAGCGUUUAGUAGCAACAAAGCUGUGAUUGAGUUUCUUCUUACGCUGUUGGAGGAAUCUAUGUUCAUUGAAGCACCUACAUCAAAACCUUCUGCAAAAAUAGAAGAAAAUUCCAAUACCGAAGACGAACCACCGACGAAAAUGAAGAAAAGCAAUAGUGGGGGUGAUAGAGCAGUGUUGUGUGGUGAAAAUGGUCCCUCAAAUAAAAGUGAAACUGAAAGUGAAGGCGAUGUCACACCGCCAUUCUACUAUAAUCUGGUCAGGCUGUCAGCACAUAGUUCAUUGAAUUUGAAAAAUAUGAAGAAAAUAGUUCUCGCAUUAAGAAAUGCUGGCUUCAAGGCAAGUAGAACUCAUUUUUGCAAGGAAUCAGUGCGUACUAAUGCCAUCAAGGAACAAAUAGUUAAAGUAAUUGAAAAUUGUUGAAAUUAGUGUGUAAUUUUUAUAAUGAAUUGUGUUGCUUUAUCUUAUAAAAGUUUUUCUAAUUUUUGACAGUUA